AUGAAUGAUGUUCAGGAGGCCACCUCCCCUGCAACCAGCCUCAGUGGUCCAGCUACCUGUGUCUCUAAAGUAGAGCUGCGUGUCUCGUGCAAAGCCCUGCUGGACCGGGACACGUUGAAUAAGUCAGACCCCUGUGUCAUCCUGAUGGUGCAGACCCAAGGGCAGUGGACAGAGCUGGACCGGACAGAGGUUAUCAAGAGCAACCUGCACCCAGUCUUCGCCAAGGUCUUCUCGCUGGACUACUACUUUGAGGAGGUCCAGAAGCUGCGAUUUGAAGUCUACGACAUCCACGGCACACACAGCAUUGGGACCCGUGACGAUGACUUCCUGGGUGGGGUGGAGUGUACCCUUGGUCAGAUUGUGGCCCAAAAGAGGAUGGUGAAGCCUUUGUUGUUGAAGUAUGGGAAAUAUGCUGGUAAAUCCACCAUCACGGUACAUGCUGAGGAAAUUUCUGGCAACAAUGGAUAUGUGGAGCUUUUUUUCUGUGCCAAGAAGCUGGAUGAUAAGGAUAUCUUCAGUAAGUCAGACCCAUUUUUGGAAAUAUAUCGAAUUAAUGAUGACGAAACAGAGCAGCUUGUCCACAGAACUGAGGUGAUUAAAAACAACCUAAACCCUGUGUGGGAGCCUUUUAAAGUGUCCCUCAUAUCCCUGUGCAGCUGUGAUGAGGACAGAAAGCUCAAGUGCCUAGUCUGGGAUUAUGACUCCAGGGGGAAGCACGACUUCAUUGGCGAGUUUUAUGCCACUUUCAGGGAAAUGCAGAAAAUUUCCAGUGGAAAUAAGGUGUCGUGGGAUUGUGUGAAUCCCAAGUACAAACUGAAGAAAAAAAACUACAAAAAUUCAGGAGUUGUCAUCCUCAGUGACCUUAAGCUCCACAGAGUUUAUUCCUUCCUGGACUACAUUAUGGGAGGAUGCCAGAUUCACUUUACGGUGGCCAUUGACUUCACAGCCUCUAACGGGGACCCCAGAAACAGCUGCUCGUUGCACUACAUCAACCCCUACCAGCCCAACGAGUACCUGAAGGCUCUGAUAGCCGUGGGAGAGAUCUGUCAGGACUAUGAUAGUGACAAAAGGUUUUCUGCCUUGGGAUUUGGUGCCAGAAUUCCACCCAAUUAUGAGGUUUCUCAUGAUUUUGCCAUUAAUUUCAACCCAGAUGAUGAUGAAUGCGAAGAGAUCCAAGGAGUGGUUGAGGCGUACCAGAACUGCCUUCCUAAGAUCCAACUGUACGGCCCCACCAAUGUGUCUCCCAUCAUCAGCAGGAUAGCAAAGCUGGCAGCAGGUGAUGGGACCAUUAAAGACGCCUCUCGAUACCACAUUCUGCUCAUUCUCACGGACGGUGUGGUGACAGACAUGGCAGACACACGGGAAGCCAUCGUGCGAGCCUCCUAUCAGCCUCUGUCAAUCAUUAUUGUGGGUGUGGGCAACGCAGACUUUACAGACAUGCAGAUCUUGGACGGGGAUGAUGGAGUCCUGCGCUCGCCAAAGGGAGAGCCCGUCCUUAGGGACAUUGUGCAGUUUGUGCCCUUCAGAGACUUCAAAACGGCUUCACCCGCAGCCCUGGCCAAAUGUGUCCUGGCGGAGGUGCCCAAGCAAGUAGUGGAGUACUACAGCCACAAGGCCAUUUCCCCCAUGUGUCCUGUCAGGGACUUACACACCCCAACCCUCAGCCCGGUCGCCACCACCCCAACAGAAUAA